AUGGAAAAAGUGUCAGCUUUUUUAAAAAUUCAGAAGAAUGCUAUCCUUAAACAAAUCUGUGGAAAUUGCGGGUUGCCCAGCAGUGGGAAGAAAGACCUUCUUGUGAAUACGAUAUGUGAUGGGAUUCUUCAUCUCGAUGACCGUGAUCCACUUGCUUUGAAACAGUCCAAGGAGUUAGGAUUGCCUAAAGAUGUCAGGUUGUUAUCGAUUGAUCUUGGGAUCAAGAAUUUUUCUUAUUGCAAAUUUGUUCUCCCCAAAGGGGACUACAAUACGGUACCUGAAGUGUAUGAUUGGUCCAAAUUAAAUGUAUUUGAUUAUUACAAUAAUAAAUCAGCUCAAAAACCAGGUGAAAUCACUGCCACGUUGAUAGAUGAUUAUACACCAAACCGAUUUUCAGAAAUCGCGUACCAUAUAGCCACUGAGUUGGUGAUGGCCGAGGAAAAUCCCAUUGAUGUGAUAUUGAUUGAACAACAGCGAUCUCGGACCACUGGCUCUUCCGCAGUACAAGAAUGGACCUUACGGGUCAACAUGUUGGAACAUAUGUUGUACUCUACGCUAUUCACCCUCAAACAAAGCCAUACCGGUUUAAACGGGCUACAACUCGUAACCUCUAGCCCUAAAAGAAUGAGUGAUUACUUUAUAAAUUGCAAGAAUGAAUCUCAUGAAGAGAACCCCACAAAGCGACAGAAGUCUAGCGUUAUUAAAAGACAGCGGAUUAAAUUGGUUGAGAAUUGGAUUGAUAAGAUACAAUUUCGUCGAUCGGAAUUUCCGCAUAACACGCCGUUUAUAUUUCAACAAACAUUUGGCAAGAAAUUGAAGAACAACGAUCCUACACCGAAGGUCCAGAAGCGACAAUCCAAGUAUAUAUUUGAUCUAAUAAUGGCAGAUAAGCAUAUGAAGGGCAGACAAAAAAGUGACGAUUUGGUUGACUCUUUGCUACAUGGAGUAAGUUGGUUUAGUUGGAUGAAGAAUAGAAUGAUAUUGCGAGAUAUUUUGAUGAAUGACCCCAAUAAAUUGAUGGAUACACUAAUAAUUAUUGAAAAUAAUCACUCAAAGUUUACUGAUUAUCAGGAAGUGGAUUAA